ACAGGUUAUUUGAAAUCAGUAUUUGUGAAUUUUUAAUUCAUUCUUUGACUUUAUUUAUGCACGACAUAUUAUGUUAAGCCAUGAACAUAGAGAUAUUUUCUAAAUAACUCUUGCAUUCAAACAUAUUGUUUAAUACAGAGUUUGAAAAAUGGUACUCAACAAGCAAUCGUCAUUAGACGAUUUAGUCCAAUACACACAGUUGUUUAAGCCGGUGGCGACUGUUUUACAAGGAACUAUAUUGCCCUUUUUGAUUAUUUAUCCUAUCAUUUUCUACUGCUGGAUAUUUGUAUAUGGUUUCAAUGAGAAUUUCGAAGCAGGGUUUGUAACAGUUGCUGUUGUGGCAACUAUUCAAAUUUUGAUUUGCCUUUGCUGUUAUUGGAGUGUUCAUAUACAAUGUUUCCUGUCUUGUUCACCAGAAAGUGAUCCUAUAAGAGCUGAAAUUGUUAAAGUAGUUCCAACAUCUAAUAAUGGUUUUCCAGAAAUUGUUAGACUACAUCAUACAAAGUCAACAAAAAAAGGCAGUCCCACUCCAGAUGUAUGGUUUGUGUUUCAAAAAAGCAAAUAUCUAUAUGAUUGGGAUAAGAAGUCUUUUCACACUGUUGAAUUUCCAGUCAACAAAACUUAUGAAGAAUACUUGGAAUCUAAGGGCUACUUGGAUGAUGAGUCUUUGGAAAUUGCGGAGAAGGAGUUUGGCAAAAAUGAAAUGAUUAUGGUGGUUCCUGAAUUCAUGGAACUAUUCAAAGAAAGGGCCACUGCCCCGUUUUUUGUAUUCCAAGUUUUCUGUGUUGCUCUAUGGUGUCUGGAUAAGUAUUGGUACUAUUCUAUAUUCACUCUUGUGAUGUUGGUCAUGUUUGAGUGCACACUGGUACAACAGCAGUUGAGAAACAUGGCAGAAAUAAGGAAAAUGGGAAAUAAGCCAUACAACAUCAACAUCUAUAGAAAUAGAAGGUGGCGACAAAUAAUGAGUGACCAAUUACUACCAGGUGAUAUAGUUUCCUUGACACGCUCUGGUAAUGAUAAUUUAGUUCCAUGUGACAUUGUUUUAAUAAGAGGUUCUUGUAUUGUUGAUGAAUCCAUGUUGACUGGUGAAAGUGUACCCCAAAUGAAAGAACCCCUGGAAAAUGACAAAGACACAAAACAGAAUUUAGACCCUGAAGGUGAUGGUAAACUGCACAUGCUUUUUGGUGGUACCAAAAUAGUACAACAUUCCUCACCAAGCAAGAAUGUAACAUCUGCUCUGAAAGCUCCAGACAAUGGCUGUAUUGGUUAUGUUGUACGCAAUGGAUUUAACACAUCACAGGGAAAGCUUUUGAGAACAAUUCUCUUUGGAGUUAAAAGAGUAACUGCAAACAAUUUGGAAACAUUUGGUUUUAUACUCUUCCUAUUAAUUUUCGCAAUUGCUGCUGCAGCAUAUGUGUGGAUAAAAGGAUGCGAAGACCCUGAGAGAAACAGAUAUAAACUAUUUUUAGAAUGUACUUUGAUAUUGACAUCUGUAGUGCCUCCAGAACUACCUAUAGAAUUAUCUUUAGCUGUGAAUACUUCUUUAUUGUCACUGUCUAAGUUAGCAGUGUUUUGCACAGAGCCAUUUAGAAUCCCGUUUGCUGGCAAAGUUGAAAUUUGCUGUUUUGAUAAGACAGGCACAUUGACUAGUGACAACCUUGUUGUUGAAGGUGUUGCUGGUGUUGGGGAUCAUACAGAUGCUACUGUAAUACCACUUUCAGAAGCACCUAUGGAAACUAUUCAAGUACUAGCAUCUUGCCAUUCUCUAGUUCAACUGGAUGAUGGUGUAGUGGGAGAUCCUUUGGAAAAAGCAACUCUGAAAGCUGCAGAGUGGAAUUUAACCAAGGGAGAUGCUGUUGUGCCAAAAAAAGGAAAGUCCCCAGGCCUUAAAAUUGUACACAGAAAUCAUUUUGCCAGUGCUUUGAAGAGAAUGUCAGUAGUGGCCAGUUAUCAGGUCAAUGAAAGAGGUUUUGUAGAAUCACAUUAUAUUAGCAGUGUGAAAGGUGCACCUGAAACUAUAAAGACAAUGCUGAAGGAAGUUCCUGAACAUUAUGACCAUGUCUACUUGACUUUGUCAAGAAGGGGGGCUCGAGUUUUGGCACUGGGUUAUAGAAACUUAGGAAAAUUGAAUUCUCAAGAAGUGAGGGAGUUAUCUAGAGAGGAUGUUGAAUCAGAUUUGACAUUUGUUGGGUUUGUCAUUAUAUCUUGUCCCUUGAAAACUGAUUCUAAAAAGGCUAUUGCUGAAAUAGUGAAUGCAUCUCAUUCUGUAGUGAUGAUUACUGGUGACAACCCUCUAACUGCUUGUCAUGUAGCUAAAGAGCUCAAAUUUACGCAAAAAGACGAAGUUCUUAUUCUGACCAAAGGAGAUGAUGAUUGGAGUUGGAAAUCAAUAAAUGAUAAUGUUGAUCUCUCUGUUCAACCAUUUAAAACAUCCAAAGAAUUGACUACCAAAUAUGAUCUGUGCAUAACUGGAGAGGGGCUUACAUUCCUGAUUGAGAAUCACUAUAAGUUUCUAUUAGAGAUUAUACCAUCUAUCAAAGUGUUUGCGAGAUUUGCACCAAAGCAGAAAGAAUUUGUCAUAGUUACAUUGAAAUCACUGGGAUAUGUGACAUUAAUGUGUGGUGAUGGUACAAAUGAUGUUGGUGCCUUGAAACAUGCUGAUGUGGGUGUGGCCAUAUUAGCCAACGCUCCCGAGCGUCCACGGGAAAAACCUCGUGAACUGCCACCUCCAGAGUUGGAGAUCCGUAGACCCCCAGGUCCUCGUGACCCUCGCGCGGAGGCCAGGGCUGAAGCAGCAGCUCGUCUCCGGAGAGCCAUGAAGAAGCUAGAGGAGGAAGACCAGCCCCAGAUCGUGAGACUUGGUGACGCUAGUGUAGCCGCACCGUUUACUAGCAGACUAUCGAGUAUUUUUUGUAUAUGUCACAUCAUCAAACAAGGACGCUGUACACUGGUCACAACACUGCAAAUGUUCAAGAUCUUGGCUCUAAACGCACUGAUAUUGGCCUACAGUCAAUCUGUAUUGUAUUUGGACGGUAUCAAGUUUAGUGAUACGCAGGCAACCCUGCAGAGUUUAUUGCUAGCGUCGUGUUUCCUGUUCAUAUCACGGUCUAAGCCACUAAAACAACUGUCGAAGCAGCGCCCUCUACCGAACAUUUUCAACAUGUAUACAGUAAUGACGGUACUUUCACAAUUCGCUGUUCACUUCGUCUGUCUCAUAUAUUUGGUGCGGGAAGCGACAUUGCGGUCUCCGGAUAGAGAUACAACACCAAAACUCGACAUGGACCUGGCUGAAGAUGAAGAGCGUCCGUUCCAACCAGAUCUGCUCAACAGCACUGUGUACAUCAUAUCAAUGGCGUUGCAAAUAUCUACGUUCGCUAUCAAUUAUAGAGGUGAGCCGUUCAUGGAAGGUCUGCGCGACAACAAGCCGCUAUUGUACAGUAUCUUAAUAUCUGGUGGAGCGGUGCUGGCGCUGGCCGCUGGCAUCUUCCCAGAUCUGAGUAAUAUGUUCGAGAUCGUGUAUUUCCCACCCGAUUAUCGACUAAUUUUAGUACAAGUACUGAUAGAGGACAUGCUGUUCGCGUACUUAGCGGACCGCGUGUGUCUAUGGUUGUUCGGUGAAGGGAGGGGCUACGUAUCAACGUAGCAUAGACAAGGGCACGCACACAUCGAUAUUUAAAGAAAAUAAUUUAUUUUAUAUACAUUUCCAAGGGUAUGUCACUUUCACACUGUAUUGGUGUGAGUGUUUGUGACAACCCGCUCAAAUAAGAUGUGCAUUUAAUGUGUGGAUGUGUCAGUGGUAUUUUAUUUAUGGUAAUAAAUGUGUAGUUAAUUGU